UUAGUAACAAUCUAGAAGACAAUUAAUCUAGGGCGGUUUAGUUAUAAGUUCACACUCUAUUUGUAGCUAUUUUCAGUCGGCCACUAGUCGGGUGGUCAGUUUCACGCGAAAACACUGUCAAAGAUAACAACAAAGUUAUUAAUCAAACUCUCUAUAAUUUGCACACCUCCAAAAUAUCUUCUUCUUUCUUUAAUUUCUUCCCAUUUUCUCUCUUCUCCAUUUUUUCUGUUAUUGUCUUAUUGUGAAUCGUUAGGAUUUAAACUUCGGGUUGAGUUCGGGUUGUUCGUUUUUUUCGACCCGUGUGUCGGGUUUUAGAUUUGAUUAGAAGAAAAGUUGUUGGUUUGUUUGUGUUGUUGUGAUCUGAAUUAUACAGAAUUGUCUUUUGAAAAGAAAAAAAGGGUGUUGUUUUUAGAGGUAGAAAACAACUUUUUUUUGUCCAAUUUUGGGUUACCUUUUUUGCCACUUCACAAUAGUUUUGAAGAUCUUUUUUGGGUUCUUUUUUAAAAAAAAGAGAUAAUUGACUCAGAUUUUUCCCAAAAUUAAUCAGACAUAUUUACAAAUGCAAGAUCCAUCAGUUGCAGCAGCAGCAGCAUUUCCACAGUUGAAAGCGCCACAAUUUCCUGAACAAGAGCAGCUCAAAUGCCCACGUUGCGACUCGAAUAACACCAAAUUCUGCUACUACAACAACUAUAAUUUAUCCCAACCUCGCCAUUUUUGUAAGAACUGUAAGAGGUACUGGACGAAGGGCGGCUCGUUGAGGAACAUACCUGUUGGGGGCGGAAGCCGUAAGAACACUAAACGCAUCUCAUCGAAGAGAUCCUCCUCUACAACUUCCGCCUCCUCGGCAGCUCAGACCCAUUCGACGUCAUCGGGUCUGAGGCCGGAGCCCAAACCCGUCUCGACGUUCACCCCGGAAGUCGAGACGGGUUUGCGCUUGCCAGCACCAGCAGGGAGUGCGGUAGGGAGCUUCACCUCCCUGCUGGGGCUGGCUUCAGAGGGUCAAUUCAGUAACCUCUUCCUAGAGGGUCUAGCCCCAAAAGGUCUGAAGUUGGGUCAAGGUGAUGGGUCAAGCCGAAACCCGGGUUCGGAAUUGUUUCAUGGAAAUGGAGGUUCUACAUCAGAAGGAUUAUUCAUGAGUGGACUUCAAACUGGGGGUGAUCAAUCUUGUAAUUGGAGCACAACUAAUGGUUGGCCUGAUCUUGCUAUUUACACUCCAGGUUCUAAAUUUCAGUAAAAUAAUUUUCUAUUUUGGGUGGUUUUUUUUUUUAAUUAAAUUAUAGAAAGAAGAUGAUUUUUCCUUUGUUUUUUUGGGUUUUGAUUAAUCAUCUAAAUUAGAGGGAGUUAAUCAAAAAUUCCUUAUUAAGAAUUGCUUUUAUGUAUGGUGAACUUAACUGCAAUUUUCUGAUAUAUAGUAGAAGGUGACAUCUUAUUUUUAAUUAUAUGAGACAAAACAUUGGAAUGAUACAUAUUUUAUUUAUGUAUUGGGUAAAUGUUCUCUUGAUUUC